UAAUAAUUUACUCACGUUUCUCGAUUUCGACUGCAAUCACGCUUCUUGGUCACCACUCAUCUCUCAAUUCAUUUCAUUUCUUUUUAUCACCUCUCAAUAUCCCUACUACGCACGCGUUCGUUAGACUUUCGCGACCGUGGUCACGCACGCUUUCUUUCGUGUUUGGCGAAAGGACCGUAGGGAUAUCGAUAGCUCAUUAGGCCUGUCGACGCUUACCCUUCGUCGUGACCUUGCUUAUGUUUUGUCGGUCUCUCGUAAACAGUCUAUGUGGUAUACUAUGUACCGAUGAAACCGUUGGAAAGUUCUUUGCCGUCGAAUGCCGCUACAUAUUACUUUGGAUGAUUAUUAUAACAUAAGCGAUUUUUCAAGGUGAAUUAUACCUUGCACCAGAUUUUUUGGUACCACCAAAUAGUGAUUAUGAUGCAUAUCAUCAGUACGUCGAUAACUACUUACCUGCUGAAAGUCCUGUUCUGUAUGGACUUCAUCCCAAUGCAGAAAUUGGGUUUUUAACACAAACUGUGGAAAAUCUGUUUAAAACGUUAUUGGGUAUACUAACAAGAACUGCCAGCGAUACAACAAGCGGAGAUAUUUCAAAAGAAGACAAAAUAAAAGGACAAAUAGAGGACUUAUUGGACAAACUACCAGAAGAAUUCAAUAUGCUAGAACUUUACAGCAAGGUGGAAGAUCGUACACCAUUUGUCACAGUUGCUUUACAAGAAUGCGAACGCAUGAAUCUACUGUGUGAAGAACUUAGAAGGUCCCUGCAAGAAUUAGAGUUAGGCUUAAAAGGAGAAUUAACUAUUAAUGCUGAGAUGGAAGAUCUACAAAAUUAUAUAAUGAUGGAUGCUGUUCCGCCGUCUUGGACAAAAAGAGCUUACCCUUCAGAAUUAGGAUUAAACAGUUGGUUCACGGAUAUGUUGUAUCGAAUAAAUGAAUUAUCUAAUUGGACUGCUGAUUUUAACUUACCAUCGUCGGUAUGGCUAGGUGGUUUUUUCAAUCCUCAAUCAUUUCUAACUGCAAUUAUGCAACAAACCGCACGCAAAAAUGAAUGGCCAUUGGACAAAAUGUGUUUAUAUUGCGAAGUACUGAGAAAAACCAAAGAAGAAAUCACAUCGGCACCAAGAGAAGGCGCGUAUAUAAACGGAUUGUACAUGGAAGGUGCACGAUGGGACGUUCAAACAGGAUGUAUCAUGGACUCUAGAUUUAAAGAAUUGUUUCCAUUAUUGCCAAUUAUGUAUAUUAGGGCGAUUACACAGGACAAACAAGAUUUAAAGAAUAUGUAUGAAUGUCCUGUGUAUAAAACACGAUCGCGAGGUCCUACUUACGUGUGGACGUUCAAUUUAAGAACUAAGGAGAGAGCUAGUAAGUGGAUUCUUGGUGGAGUGGCAAUUCUAUUACAAAUCUAAUUUUAUAAAUUAAAUUAUGGACUAAAUAUGCAAUUAAAAUAAAGAUUUUCGAAAUUGUCAAA